AUGUCCUUUGAGAAAAACCUCUGGGACCUCACAGUGGGGUUCCUGAUGGAUGGGUGCACCUGGCCAUCCUCUCCUAACCUCAACUCACCUCUGGAGGUCCAGGAGACCAUACAGAUUCCUAACAAUGGGAGUGCGCCCCUGUUAGUGAAUGUGCAGGUGUUCGUGUCCAAUGUGUUUAACGUGGACAUCCUGCGGUACACAGUGUCCUCUAUGCUGAUGCUAAGGCUGUCCUGGCUGGACGCUCGCCUGGCCUGGAAUGCUAGUGCGCACUCUCGGCACGCAGUCACGCUGCCCUGUGAAUCCCUCUGGACGCCUGGUCUCAGCAUCCGGGAAGCGCUCUGGGUGGAUUGGAAGGACCAGAACCCACAGGCCCGAGUGGACCCUGAUGGCCACGUUGAGCUUAACCUGGCUCUCACCACGGAGACCAACUGCGACUUUGAGCUCCUCCAUUUCCCCAGAGACAAGAGCAACUGCAGCCUCAGCUUCUUCGCUUUUAGCAACACUGUGGUGGAGCUGGAGUUCCGGGCCCACGCGGUGAAUGAGAUUGUGAGUGUCAAGAGGGAAUAUGUAGUUGGUGAUUUGAAAACCCAAGUCCUGCCCCAGCAGGUAGUACCCUGCUUCCAGGUGACGCUGAGCCUGAAGAACACAGCACUCAAGUCCAUCAUAGCACUGCUGGUACCCGGGGAGGCGCUGCUGUUAGCCGAUGUAUGUGGGGGGCUGUUGCCCCUCCAGGCUACCGAACGCAUUGCCUACAAGGUGACAUUGCUGCUGGGCUACCUGGUCUUCCACUCCUCCCUGGUGCAGGCCUUGCCUAGCUCCUCUUCCUGCAACCCGCUGCUCAUUUACUACUUUACCGUCCUGCUGCUGCUGCUCUUCCUUAGCACCACAGAGACUGUGCUGUUGGCUGGGCUGCUGGCUCGGGAUAGCCUUGGGGACAAGAUCAGCCCCAGCGCAGUUCCAAGAAGGGACCAGAGAAAGGAGAACCUGGGGCCUAAUUCUGAAGCAGAUCCCAGAGGAGGAAAGAGAUCAAGGAGGAGCUGGGCUGAGGCCGCUGACCAUGCCUUCUUUCUCGUGUAUGUGACCAGUGUGGUGUGUAGUCAGCUCAUCUUUGCUGGAACAUGGAUGUGGGCAACAUGCAAGUCUGACCCAGCCCCUGGCAAGGCUGUCCCUCAUGGUGGGCCGCGCAGGCUGUAA